AUGGCGACAACAGAAAUCGUCUAUCCUCUCGCUUUUCCCAAAUCUAUUUCACAUAAAUGUGAAAUCUGUGGCAAAACAGCGUCACGUAUAUGUACCAAAUGUCGUGUAACAUAUUACUGUUCCGAAGAACAUCAAGCAACUGAUAGUAAUGGUAUCCAUGAUAAAAUUUGUUCGACACUAGCAACUAUUCGAGCGAAACAACCAUUUCUUCCAUCGGAAGAAGAACGUCGUGAUCGUGAUCGAGAAAUACGUGAGAAGAAACUUCAUUUAAUCGAAGUUACACGAAUGAUUGGGGAAAGACACGUUUUUCAAAGUCGUUAUGACGCUGCCAUACCAGCUGCGCUUGCUUCCUUAAAAUUAGCUAUUGAGGUUCAUGGUCCACGAAGUGUCGAACUUAUUCCAUCGUAUUUAGUCUUAGCUGAAGCAAGUCUAGGUUUGAAACAAUUAAAUCAAUGUUGGGAAUACUUAUCUCAAGCACAAUAUACAGUUUUACAACAACAAGAUCAUGCUCCACCUGCAAUCACAUCACAAGUUGCACGAAAUAUGGCACAAUUAAGUAUUGCCAGAAGAGAUUAUGACGAAGCAGCGAGACAUUUAGCAAACGAUAUUUAUGAUGCUUCGUUGUUUUACGGUACAGAGCAUUAUAAAGUAGCCGGAGGUUAUUUUCUUUUGGGUAAAGUCUUCAAACUAAUGAACCGUUUGGAAGUGACUGAAUCGUUAUACACUCAAGUAACACAAAUGUGGUACAAUCAUUUGCGUCGUCUUCUUCAAUCGCGAGUUGUUUUCUCGGAUAUGGAAGCCGUUUUAGGAAAACAAGACAACGAUGAAGAUGACGAAGAAAACACAACAAAUCCGUCCAAACUUGACUUAGCCACAGAAGCUGAAGCACAUAAUACACUUCAAACAUUAUUAGCUUAUCGUCACGAAACGUCCCACGGCCCAACAACCGUUCAAGAAUCGAACAAAAUUUACCAUUGUUUUACGAUAUUGCAUUUUCUUGCACGUGAUUACAUUCAAGUGCGUGAUUCUAUGAAGAACAUCAAAGAUUGUACGGUACGGGAGAUCGACGAAGAUCAACAGCGUAUUCUAAAAUUUCUUGACCAACUUAGUCGAAUGAAAGCGUUGAUGAAGCGUCAACAGCAAGAAAAUUAA